AAACCCCUACCAACGAUCAAGGAAGUAAUUCCCAUUUAAUAACAAAACUAGUUAAGAACAACAAAUUAAGAAAUAUUUAGAAUGUGAGAAACAAAAAAGGAUUUAUUCGCACCGCUAAGUAAUAUGAAUGGAUUUUUAACAAACGUUCUUUUAUUUUAAUGAAAAUGGAAUUAUCUACGAAAGAAUAUUUUAAAUAGAACAUUGAUAGGAAGGGCAGAUAUGUUUAUGAUGGUAUCCAUGUAUCCAAGGAGUUAAAUUGUGUGAAUAGUUUCGAGCAUGAAUUGGAUUGAUAUUAACUACAUGUACAAACAUUGAUAAUAAGUAGAAUGGGAAACACAUUCAAAACCGAAGCAAGGAAACCAAGCAAAUACACAGAUCAGCAACCACAGUUCUUGAGGCAAGACGUAUUAGACGGAAUUGCAAGCAAUAAAAAAAAUGACAUAAACCAGCAGCAACAAAAACGGAUGAAAGUCAAACCGAAGGAACAGUUGAGUUUAACGAGCGAAGGAGUGAGUCACGUAAAUGUUGAUAAGUUACCGCAGCACUGGAAACAUCACGCAGGAGAGGAACCUUUCAGUUUGAGAGAUGAUCUAAAAUGGUUCUCCAACCUCCUUGCAGCUUAUAAGCAGCAAAAACAUCAUAUUCUGGAAUUUCUCUCUAAAUCAAACUUUGAAGAAGAAACACCUCGUUGUCCAGAUGAUAUGGAUGACAAAGCCUUCGAUGAUUUUGCAAGAGAAUGUACAGAAACAACCUUCGAGAUACCAUCUUCCUGGAAUAAAAUCACAAUGAAACAAAAUCUGCAUGGUUAUAUUAAAAUGUGUCUAGAAAAGAAAUGGACUUUGAUAAAACUGGGCCCUGUUCUUGAGGAACACAACAGAUUGAAAUUGGAGGUGCAGAAUCUUACAGAAAAAAAUAUAGAACUCCAAACAUUGCGGGCAAAGGAACAAGAAGACACUAAACGUCAAAAGAAAAUUAGUAUUAAAGAUUUGAAACGCGUUAAUGAUGAGAUAGAACAAGAAAGAGAAAAAGUCCGAUACCUCCAGCAGCAACUCCGACCUAUGAAAGAAGAGAAAGAGAACCUCUUAACUCGGCUAAGCAAAUUAGCUGGACCAAAAAUGACCUCAAAAAACCCUGAUAUUGCUGAUUUGAACGAUGAUAACCGACCGACCAAGCUGGCAGAAAAAUUCGGUCAGUUGUAUGACGACGCAUGGACAGAUUCUAUGGAGGAGUUGACAGGAGUAGAAACGAGGCUAAACGACCGAGAGGCGAUAAGCUUCUUACUGCGUAUCGUCAUGACAGCCUACCAGUUUUGCUCUGGUCCUCGUUCCCUGUUUCUUGACCUAACGGAUUGUCAAACCAUUAUGCUUUGUGAAGAUACCAGCUCAAUGAAAGCUUUUACCAAACUUCCAGAUGCGAUUACACCGGACAUUCAACAGGCAACAAAAAAUUGUUUACGAUCGAAAGAAUUAAGUCUGACUCUGCAAAAGGAAUUUGCUGAUAUCCUUAAUGGCCUCAUAAUUGAUAUGACUAAGAGAGAGGAGAAUCAUAUUUCAAACGAACGAAAUAUGAAUAAAUUUGGGCUAGUCAAAGAAGAAGCAGGAAUAAACAAACCCUCAGACUAUUGUUUACAUAACAUUAGAACAGCACAUUUACAAAGCCGAGGAAUUGCUGAUUAUUCAAAAUCGACUAAAAAAUCGAAAAAGCCUCGAAAAAAAGUAGCACAAUAUAAAAGUGCUGCCUCUUUACAACCAUAUCAUGAACAAUGUUCUCGAAAAAAAUGUAUAAUGGUGAAAAAACAUUUUUGGGGACAGUUGGAUGUUUUUACUGUCAUUCAGACAAGUUCAUCUCCCCAGUUUGCCAAAACGACUCACUUUGCCGAGCGCUGUGUGGAGUUAUGUUGGUUUAUGCAGACAACUCGGCCACCGAUACAUCUCAGUGCUCAUAUUCCGGACGAUGGGAGGAUGAACAAUGAUAUACUUAGCGCGUACAUGAAAUCGGGGACGGAGGUCGAUUACAUUGUGUGGCCAGUUAUGUAUUUGUAUGAAAACGGACCUGUGUUAAAUAAAGGUAUUGCCCAACCGAAGUGAAUUGAUAACAGAAAAACAUACAUUCAUUUUUUAAUGUUAAACAAUUGUUUUAUAUAUAAGAACAACACUCAUCACCAAGUUGAGAAAAAUAUAUCAAUGCAUAACGUCUUUUUUAUUAUCAAUAGGUAUUCUAAUAAAAUGACAUCCUUAAUUUGUAAGAAAUAAUAAUUGAAGAAGUUAUCGUAUCAGAAUGCUUUCUAUAGGCCCUUCUGUUGAUAGAAUGGUUUACAGUUACCUUUGAAUUAGCAUUUCCGGUAGUCAUCAUUUAAAGUAGAUUUUAACAAUUUGCGAUACCAACCUGGAAUAAGAACUUUUAAGUCAAAAUAUUAUUAUUCUUUUAACUUUACAUGUGUUACAAUAAAUGACAAUAAGAUGCAUUUCAUUGAAAUCCUUUUAAUUAUUAAUUUGAAGAAAAGAUAGAAAAAAGGUCUAAGUCAUUGUUUAGUUACUAAAAAAAAGUCACAGUUGAAAAGUUUUAGAAAACUCUACAAAAUCUUAAUUUCUAAUCUUGUAAACUGCUUAAUUCACGUUUUAAUAUUGAUUCAAUAAUCCAUAUAAAGAAUUAAACUAGUUUAGAUUGCCUUGCAGUGCUUUCCGUAUAUAGGUUAGUUUCUUUAACCGAAUGAAUUUUAAAAUUAUUAAAAAGGUACAUUUGAUACUUGACUGUACAGUAUUUUUUAAUGUUUGCUAUGUGAUAAAGUUUAUGUAAAUAUAAUAUUGUGUAGAUAAAUUUUACGCUGUUAGAUAUUGAAAUUUGACUUACCUUGAAAUGGAUUACUUUUUUUA